CGCAGUCGCAGAUGCAUGCUCCGCUACAACAGCACCAUGGCGCCUACGAAAUCUUUCGGCAACAACAAUGCUGGCUUUCAAGCUGGCGAAAUCCACGGCUCUGUCCAUGUGGAGUUCCGGCCUCCGCCCGAUGAGAAAUUGCUCAAGAUCCGCCGGUGGCUGUCUGCGCCAGACCCGUCCACGAACUACCAGAAAGCUCUUAAGCUACGGCAGGCCGACACUGGGGGCUGGUUCCUCGAGGGCAGGGAAUACACUAGAUGGAAGACAGAGCCUGCGUUGCCUCUUUGGCUGUAUGGAAUCCCUGGGUGUGGCAAGACUAUCCUAUGCUCUGCCGUUCUCGGCGACGUGCUCGAAUUCUGUCGAGAUGGUCCUGGGAGGGUAGCUGCGUAUUUCUUCUUCGACUUCAACGACGUGCAAAAGCAGGACCUAGGGAAAAUGCUGCGUUCUCUAAUCUGGCAGCUCUCACGGCAAUCUGGAAAAAUCCCUACGAGUCUCAACGACCUGUUCUCUUCGUGCGAAAGCGGGCAGCAGCAGCCGUCAGCGGAUGCACUUCAAGAGGUAUUGCGGUUAAUGAUCCCAGAGCUCCCGCAGGCAUACGUCGUGCUCGAUGCGCUAGAUGAAUGCGCUCAACGCGCGGAGCUAAUGGAGACGCUCGAAAUAAUAGCAGGAUGGAGACUUCAGAACUUGCACCUCCUUGUAACGAGCCGAAGAGAGCGAGCUAUCGAGAGCACCCUAGAAGAGAUUGUAGACGACCAGAGGAGAAUCUGUCUCCAAAGCGCGCUGGUAGACAAAGACAUACAACGAUAUAUCCGACAGAGGCUAGCCACGGAUAAAACCCUUCAAAAAUGGACCAAGGAUGAUGGUGUUAGACAGGAGAUUGAGUCGGUGUUGAGAGACGGGGCCAAUGGAAUGUUUCGAUGGGCUGCAUGCCAGCUUGAUAGUUUAGCAAAGUGCCGCAAUCGCGCAACACUCCGCAAGGCUCUUGCUACACUGCCACCAACGCUGGACCAGACAUAUGAACGCAUCCUUUCCGCGAUAAGCGAAGCUGAUUCGGAGUAUGCUAUUCGCAUCUUACGGUGGUUAACAUUCUCCGCACGGCCACUCUCAGUCAACGAGAUCGCUGAAGUUGUCGCCAUCGACACCAAGCGAGACCCUGCAUUUGACCGUGAUGAAGUUCUUGAGGAUCCAUUAGACGCAUUGCAUAUCUGUUCUAGUCUUGUUACUAUUACUGUUAACAACGAACAUGAGCAGUACAGCGACUAUGAGCUUAAAGAUGUAUCAAGAGAAAUUGUUGCGUUAGCGCAUUACUCAGUCAAAGAGUACCUUAUUUCAGACAGAAUCUGGACAGGAGAAGCAGCGAAGUACGGCAUGCGAGAUGAUGUCUGCCAUGAUGCUAUGGUAAGAAGCUGCCUUGGCUACCUUCUCCAGUUCAAGCAAUUAGAGCUACACCCAGGCUUCCUCCAGGUAUUCAGGCUCGCACGUUACUCGGCGGAGUACUGGAUUAGCCACGCUCGAAAGACAGGUGAACAAACAGAAGAGAUGGGCCAACUAGCAAUUCGCCUAUGCUCCAAGAACAGCUCUUCGUACGUCAACUGGAUUCGGUUGUGGGAUCCUGAGAGACCUCGGAAGAACCCAGACUUUCAAAAGAGACUAGAGGAGAUACACGAGCCGCUUUACUAUGCAGCGCUCCUAGACCUGAGAGGUGUGGUAAAGCUGCUGCUCGACGCAGGCGCCGACGUCAACGCGGCGCAGGGUGGAGGAUUCGGCAACGCACUCUACGCGGCUUCAUCCCUAGGCUACGAGCAGGUGGUGGUGAAGCUGCUGCUCGACGCAGGCGCCGACGUUAACGCGCAGCGUGGAGGAUUCGGCAACGCGCUCCAAGCGGCUUCAGAAGGAGUGUUACGAUCACAGGAUCGGGAACAGGGUUGGCCAGCCAGGACGGAGGAAACGGCGGCCCAAGCCCGAGAUCACGGAACAAAGGGUCACGUGCGAAGUCACGGGAAUGAUCAGGGCCACGUGACGUGGAUCAGGUGGAUCAGACGGAGCAAGGUGGAUCAGGUCUGA